GUCUUCUGCUCAGUGACUACAGUGUUUGAUCAUGAGAUCGGACUUCCACUUCAUCUACUGCAAGAUUUAGCAACGUAAACUGGACAUCCUCGAGAUAGUCAAAACUGCUGGAAGACAGUGCGGAGAGAUGAAAAUUCGAACCGGUGAUCCGACUCGUAUCACGAGGCAAACUUCAAGAUGGGUAUUUACUUACAACAACUACGACCCUCUCUUAAAUUACGUAGAACAUUUCUCUUCGCCAGAGUUCAAGGUGAAGAGAGCGGUGUGGGGAUUCGAAAAGUCGGUGUCUGGAACACCACAUUUGCAAGGGUACGUCGAAUUUAUAAGAUCGCACAGACUUUCUUUCACUCAGCGAAUUCUACCUGAAGCUCAUUGGGAAUGCGCAUCAAGCCCUCCAUAUUUCAACUAUUUGUACUGCACAAAAAAUGGAAACUUUGAAACCGUCGGAGAUUGGGAGUCGCUGACGUCUUUGCCCAAGAAGACAAAUAGGACUAAAUUAGCAAGCGUUGGGAUGGUGGUGGCCGGCCUGCUUGGCAAACAUGCGCCCAUCGUCAGAGUCAGCAAAGAAUUUUCUCUUCGUUCAAGAUAUUAUGAGGAGACAGCCAGAUACGUGAAGAAAAUCAGAACCCAGCAUGAUUUUUUCAUGGCUUGGAAACACAGCAAGCUUUGCCGCUGGCAAUAUCAAUGUUUUAUGAAAUUAGUCGACCAAACACAGCGACAGAUACUGUGGGUCUACGAUGGAGCAGGAAACGCGGGCAAAACGUGGUUUGCUAAUUAUUUGAAUAUCCUCUACGCGUACGACUUGCUGGAUGGUUUGAUAGGCACAAGAGACGUUUGUGCUCUGUUGUCAGAUGCGCCCACUGGAGUAUGUUUCGACUGCAGCAGAGCCUCGAAAGAUCACUUCGACUACGACGUUCUCGAAGCAGUGAAAAAUGGAUACAUCGUAUCCGGAAAGUAUAACGGAUCCAUAAAGAGAUUUCAUCCAUGCCCUGUAGUUGUAUUUUCCAACUCUCUACCAGCUACAGAACAACUUUCGCAAGAUCGUUGGGAUAUAGUAUAUCUGGGAGAAGGUGACUUCACUAACCUCGAUAAAUCGCCCAUUUAUUCAACCGCUGACCUUCGGCCAUUUGUUCCCCCACCAAAAAUACCCCGACUGGGCGAAAAUUUCAACUUGCGACAAUACUUGCUGCGCUCACUGCACAACUCUGAAGUGACAAGUACUUUCACCCUAUGGGGGGUGAACGCUACCUUGGCGACUCAGAAGAACAGCGACGACAGUUCGUCGAGCUGCUGCGAGUCGUACUCCAGUGUUCCGUAGUGAUCACACACAUUCCGAUAGCCAGUUGAUGGUUAGUAGAAGAUUAUUGGUUAAUUUUUGACGUAAUGGAUACGCCAAACGGUUAGUUUCAUUUUAUAGUGGCUCGUAGAAUCUUACUACGUUGACCCCUUCUCAUGAAUCAUUUGCUGGAAUAGGAAGUAUCCAUUUUCAACAACUGAUGUAACCUUGUUACUGACUUGCUCAUUCUUCUUUAAGAAGACUUAUCAGAAUGCAAUUUAUGCACAAACUGCGUAUAAAUUCUCGGCCGACGAUUACUAAGGAGUAUUUAUGAUAAUUUAUGAACAUAGGUUAGUUUGACACUAGUAUUAUUUUAAGUUUACUUAUAGCAACCUAUUCGCUAUUUGAUUACAAUGAAAGGAGAUUGUA